CACACGUUGAUUUCCAGCGAGCAGGUCCCGGGAGUUUGCGUGGAGCAGGCAGGAGAGUAAACGGAGAGGAAUGACGCGAUCUCCUAGCAGGACCCGGUGAAGAUGGCGGGCGGGCAGCAAUCGGUUCUGUUUGUCUGUUUGGGCAACAUUUGCCGAUCUCCAAUUGCUGAAGCUAUCUUCAGGAAGCUGGUAACGGAUCGAGGCAUUACAAGCAAAUGGAUGGUAGACAGUGCUGGUGUAAUUGACUUCAAUGUUGGGAACUCCCCAGACUCAAGGGCUCUAAGCUGUUUAAGACAGCAUGACACUGAGACUGCACAUAAGGCAAGACAGGUAGCCAAGAAUGAUUUCUUAACAUUCGAUUACAUGCUGUGCAUGGAUGAAAGCAAUUUAAGAGAUUUAAAAAGGAUGGCUGCUAAAGUACAGAACUUCAAAUCUGAAAUAAAGCUGCUUGGCUCAUUUGAUCCACAGAAUCAUCUUAUUAUACAAGAUCCUUAUUACGGAACGGAAGCAGAUUUUGAAGAAGUGUACGAACAGUGUUUAAGAUGUUGCACAGCAUUUCUAGAGACCACCACAUAACUGUGCUAAGGGCAGUUUUAGCAUGUUUGAAAAUAAUCUUCAAUGAGUAAAAAUCUUGCCAGUAUUACUGCUUUCAAACUUAGAAAACUCAUCUCUGAAAUUGAAUUUAAAUAUUUUAGAAAGUCACAUUAGCUUUGAAUGUUUCAUUAUUUACUUUGUUCUGGAGAGAUAGUAGUUUUCCUCCAAGGCAUGUGAGUGUGGAUUUCAUCCACACGAACUUAAUGGAAAUUUGUGAUUAAAUGUGUAAAUUAUGGUUUGUUUUCAGGAAUUGCUAGUGAGAAGACUUUCAGAAGAACAUGGCAUUGGUUAAUAAAGGAUUGCUGUCAACUUGCUCUUCUUAUUGAAAAUUGAUUUGUGUUUCAGAAAUAAUGAAUAAAUGUGCAUGACAAAAUUCUUAAGUUACAGUGAAAUUUUUUAAUGUGUUAGAGUUGAGUUAGAAUAACUCCUUCACUUUAAAUUAUACUAUAAUUUUUGUUCUAGUUACAUAGCAACAAUGUUUAGUAAUAUGAAGUUUUGCAGCAACCCAAAAUAUGUGAUGAAUGGUCCUUUAUAUUUAAACAUUUUAUUAAUGUUAACUAUUGUUUGAAAACUGAAAACACCUUUCCAUUAAUUAUCUUUUGUUAAAUUCAGAUUGCUUAAUUGAUCCAAAAUGUACUUGAACUGCAGUAAGAAUGCAAGAUCUAAUGGUAGCAGAUGUUUGAUUUGAUUGUGGCCAAUUACAAUAAAGUGUUUUGCUUCACUAUG